ACUACACUUAUCAAUCGGGUGAGCGAGUAGAUCACGGUUUCGUCGGGUGCCCGAGAUACGAUCAUCACAACAACGGUCAGCACUGGUCCCAACGGCUGACCACUGUCCGGAUUAUCUGUACACGCGUUGACUGGACUAUCCGUGGAUCCGACAGACUUGCGUGCACCAUCGGCCCUCGUAUGAAGGUUUGUGAUUGGAUGGAUGCUGGGUGUGACGUCACUCAAGUCCUCACCGACAACCACUGCCCACUUCCUGACGGAAUGCCUUCCCAAACUGUCGUACAUAAGGAGAUGUGUUCGGGAUGCCAGUGCCCUAUCGAAGACCGUUUCCUCUUGAAGGUUAUGGAGAACUCUUGGCACGAACACUGUCUACAGUGCGCAAUAUGCCAAAUACCUCUCACCGGAUCCUGCUUCGCUCGGGACAGGAAACUAUACUGUAAAACAGACUACGAGAAAAUGUUUGGUGCCAAAUGCAAUGGAUGUCUACAGACAAUUCCAGCCAAUGAGCUGGUAAUGCGAGCUUUGGGAUAUGUUUAUCACCUGCCCUGCUUUGUGUGUGUGGCUUGUGGGCACCAGCUACAGAAAGGGGACCAGUUUGUUGUGAAGGAUGGACAGUUGUUUUGUAGGCUUGACUUUGAGAAGGAGUUCAGUAUGAUGCCCAUGAGCCCCAAAAGUGAGUGUGACACAAGUGAUUGUGGUUUUGAUGAUGAUGGCCAUGAUACCCCAAACAAAGGACCAAAGCGGCCCCGUACAAUUCUCACCACCAGUCAGAGACGGAAAUUUAAACAGUCAUUUGAAAUUAAUCCCAAACCAUGUCGGAAAGUGAGGGAAUCAUUGGCUGCAGAGACAGGGCUGAGUGUUCGAGUAGUACAGGUGUGGUUCCAGAACCAGAGAGCAAAGGUCAAGAAAAUUGCAAGAAAACAGAAUAUGGAGAAUAAUAACAACACUGGGGAUGGGAAAAAAUCACAAAAAUCACAAAAAAGGAAAAAAUCGGAUGAUGAUAGUGAUUCCUCAGGUGAUUAUUCCGAUGGAGGCAUGAACCCUGACAGUGAUGAGAGUGUCUUAACAAAUUUACCGCCGUUGUCAGAGAGUCAGCAGUUCCCUGGUCAAAGUCAUCCUUAUGACCAUCAGUCCCAUCAAGGUAUGAUCUGCAGCAGCAUGUUUACAGUACAAGGACUGCCUGAGAGUAUGUACCCAGAGACACCGAUGCCACUGGAUGAUGGUGUCGAAGCUAUUGAUCAAAUGCUGAUGAACGACAGCACAGGCCACCCCCAUAUCUCAGCAUCUGGACCCCUUAUCAACCCUAUAGACAAACUGUACUCCAUGCAAAGCUCAUACUUCAGUGCUGAGUAGACGACGGCUCUUCCUAUGUGUGUGUGUUGUGCUGGGGAAUGUGUCAAAGACUUCGGGUUGUUGAACACAGGGCUUGUGUCAAAACUAGAUUGUGUCAAAAAACUUCACGUAAUGGCACCGAGAAGCCAUGGGAUGAACUGAGCAUGGAUUCGUGUCAUAUUCACUGAACAGAUUUCACUGUAUAGAUGACAUUACUGUAUAAAUAUAUAAUUUAUUUAUUAUUGUGAAUAUAAUGUUAUUAGAUUACCAAAGAUCUAUGACAUUCCAUGUGCAUUUUAUCAAAAUACGGAACAGAACCUACUACAUUCACUACCAAGAGCAUACAAUAUCAUAGAGCAGGCUGCUUAGACAGGUAAACAUUUUCGGGGUAAUUUAUCUAGUUGGAUUUAGUUUUAAAUAAUGGCAACGCUUAUUCAAGGAUGUCUAAUAAUUGAAUGAUAUUGUGAAUAUUCAUUUUCAACAAUGAAACUUAAGCAUAUAGAUGUGUUUAAACUAUACUAAACUAAAAGAUUAGAAUCAAGUUGAUAAUAAUAAGAUAUUAGACUGAUCAACGAUUCAACUUGAUCUGCUUAAUGUCUUUAACACCUAGUCAUUUAGUCUAUCAGUAAUGAAUUCAUUUCUUAUGCUCUAGUUUUUCAGUACAAACAUUUUAACUGAUUUAUUAUAUCCACACGUUUUGAUUAUUAAUGAAUUGAAUUAUUAAACUAUAGAAGAUAGCGAGGUAGAGCUCAAGUUCCAAAGUGUAUACACCCACCUGAAUUUCACUACUGAGAAGAAUCUUCACUGUUCCCUGAAGGUGUUCUUUUCAACAUGCCCUGUAUGUGCAACGUAACUUGGACGUCCAUGUGAUUGCAGAUCAGGAUGAAAGAAUUGUCAAUACAGGAAACGAUAACUGCAACCAGCCUAUCUUUGUUAUGUACAUGGCUACAGGUCUUGAAGGAAGAAUCAAGGCUACUAUUAUUCUAUUUAUUGUUUCAUGGACUUUCUGAGUUAAAAUUAUGCAUAUUUAGAUGUGUUGAAAUAUGGACAGUUUAUAUUUUACAGUGCAUUUGGUAAUUAGAUCCUUAUCGGGAGCCAAUAAUGACAGAUGCAACGCAGUUGUUUUGAAUACUAAAUUUCUGACUUCAUGACAAAUUGACUUAAGUUGUAUGAAAGAGUUUGGUGCCUGAUCCACAAAGCGUUCGCAGCACAACGAUAUUCGCAAGUCUAUGAUGAACUUACGAUUGCUCGUAACACUACGAACGCUUUGUCGAUCGGCACCCUGGUGAUCUUCAAACACAUUUCGAGUAGCUUAGUCUCACUACAUAGUAAUUUUCCUGAUAGCUGUGCCUAGAUGUUAACUGAAUGUUAACAUCACAAUAUGCAGAAUUUCAAACAAGGUUGAUGUUCUCAUAGUGCCAGAGAGGUUGAAUACUGCAAUGGCAUGACAUUCCAAUACUUUAGCAAUUACCCUUUUACAGAUAGUGCUAUGAUUCUGAUUAAAAACCCCUGUGCUUGCAUUUUACCAGUAAGUUGUGAAUUUGUUGAUAUGUUUGUAUGUUAAUAGUGCAAUAUAUGGCAGAGAAGAAUGUACAUAGUUAGUGUUGUAGUGUGUGCAUGUUUCUCAUGUUUGUCCUGGGUUCCUGGUAGGAGGAUUUCAAUACUAUGCUGCAUCAUUGCUGGACUGAGUAAGAGUGCAGUGACUCCAUUUCAAGAUUGGACUAUUUUCAAUUCAAGUUUGCUUAAAUUCUUUCCUUUCUACAAAGAUAAAACUCUCAGGCUGUGUUGAUCCAUAUCAGUGCUUUAGCAAUGCAAUUUUGAGAGUUCUGUUCCAUGGCCAUGCCAAGAUCUACAGAUUAUUUGAAGACUAAAUUUGCCCUGACAUUGAUCUUUGGUGUUACCAUUUGCUAAUAUGGUUUACGUAAAAAUAUUUGUGAGCUGCCAAAUUCUGACUGUGUCCCUUAUUCUGUUUUCAGCAGCAUUAAGCCAACUCACUUUAAUCAGCAAAUAUCAAACUUAUCUAGAGACAAAAUCUUCUUGUCCACUCAACUGACCAAAAUUGUCUAUAUAUUAUUAAAUCAGUCUCUUAAUGCCACAGUUUUGACUAAAGAUCUUAACAAUUUUUAGAUUGCCUUGGGCAGUUCACACAUUGUUACACAAGACAAUCAUGAAAUUUUUGUGGACAUCCUGCCCACUAUAUAGUCUGAUUUUAUUUCAAUUGUAAACAAUACAGAGCACUUGAUAAGGCGAUCGGAAGACCAUCAGAAAUUAAAUACUUCAUGUCAUACUUGGGGGUUGUGCCUUCACCGAGUGAUUCAUGCAUUUGCUUGUGAUGCUGAAGACCCAGGUUCGAUUCCCCACAUGGAUACACUGUGUGAAGCCCGUUUCUGGUGUUCACUCCCAUGAUGCUGGUAGAAUAUUGCUAAAAGCGGCAUGAGACCAAAUUCACUCACGUCAGAAUUGGUUUUAGCUUGAACACAAAAGUUACCAUAGCUUCUAAACACAUCUUGUCCACAUGCAUGUUGUAAAUAUCCUGUAAAGUAUUAAACUACAUUUUCUUAUGUUGGUCCCAAAUUGGAACCUCUGUCAGCAUUGAUAUCACAUAAAAUAUUAUAGUAGGUUGUGAAAAUAAUGGUUGUGACUUUACAAGAAAUCCACGAAAAAAUCUCAUCCAUCAAAUCCAUCUUCCAGCUGCUGCCGAAGUUCAGUUGCACAGAGGGUUCAAGAAUGUACCGUUUCUCGGAUACCACGUUCUUAAAGAUCCUUUCAGAACAUAUAUUUAUUGUAUUGUUACAGGUCUAUGAUCUUGUUUAUUUGUUACUGUUUGUAUACAUAGUGUUUUAUUUAUUUCUUUGGCAGAUAUUUGAUAGAUCAGGAAAGGGGGUAUGAUAGAUAAUAUCACUAGGGUUAGACAACACCUAUCUGUUUGAUUAGAAAAGACUAGGAGCUGCUGAUUGAUGGACUGAAUACAGUGAAAUCAUAAUCUCAGAAUGUCAAUGCAACCAAAUACCUUCUUAUGUGAUUUGGAAACCUAUAACUUUAGGGGGUGGUGGGGUAGCCUAGUGGUUAAAGCAUCUGCUCGUCACGCCGAAGACCCGGGUUAGAUUCCCCACAUGGGUAUAAUGUGUGAAACCCAUUUCUGGAGUUACCCGCCGUGAUAUUGCUGGAAUAUUGCUAAAAGCCAAGUAAAACUAAACUCACUGUAAUUGUGCACAAUUGGCAUGUUACCAUCUUUAUUAACUGUAUUCAAGUUCUGUAAACCUUUAAGGUCAGCUAUCCUUUGAAAUUCUUAUUCAUUGCGUGAAACCAGGGUUUGUGGCCAGGAGUCAUAAUAUAUCGGUAGGUCUGUUUUCAUGACCAAUUGUGAUCUCUAUUCAUUGUCCAAAUAUGUCUGUUGAAAGUGACAUUAUCUUAAAUGUACAAAAUUGUUUCCUUUGCAUUGUUUUCCAUGCCACAUUUCUUGUGUAGAUUGCACAUUUGAGUACAGUGCACACACCCUAUUCUGGGUACGUUUCUGGAAAGUUAGUAUUUAGUAUGUACUGAACACUUACAUCAUGUACCUGAUCUAUACCAGAGAGAAUGAACGAAUAGGUUAAAACAAACUUGGUCAAGGAAAGUGCGAAUUCGUAGAUGAAAAAGUAUGCGACACUUGGAUUGUACAUCCUGUUUUGGCAGACAUGUUUCACAUACAUUCUUCAUACCAAAUAUGACAAAAUGUUCACAAUAUGGCAUAAUGUAUUACUUCUGAACUAUACAUUUUCAUUUUAAUGAACAGAUCAAGAGAUUCCUUUGGAAGGGAGUGUAGAUUGGGAUGUGUAAUUCUGUGCUUUACUGGUUUUCCUGGUGGGAAUAUUCAUUGACAGGUGUACGUCAUUUUUCCAGACACCUGGAUUGGUUUGGAUCUCAAUUCUUCUGAGAUAGCAGUUGAAUCUUUUUGAAGCUAUGAACUUCAAUAGCAGAUAUUUUGUGGCCAAAGAAAUAGAUCCUUAACAUUGACUGUUGAAAGUUCCUUUGCAAAGAUAUCCUUUGAUGGUAGUGUAACAUUAAAUUUUAACAAUCAGAGCCUCCUCUCCACAAACUGCUUCGAGUGUCGUAAGGCUAUAGUAGAGUAUGGGUCCUACGAUCCUCUUAGCACGAAUAUUGUUUGUGGAAUGGUUCUCUUACAGACAAAUGAUGUUUAAGCUUUUGUGAUGAUCUGUAUAAAGGUUUCCUUCUGCUCCAUCGUGUAUGUACUUGGUCUGGGAUGGUGUUUCCCAGUGACUACAAAGAUACCUUACAGUGUUUAAUCUGUUGUGAUGAUCUGUCGUACUCAUCAGUUCCUAAAUGUCAUCUUGGUUAAUAAUGAAUGAAUAAAACCUCAUUUCAGUUAA